UUUGAGUUUGUCUCCGCCAAGGACCAUUAAAUUUUCAAGAGCCGUUCAGAACGAACACGAAAGAAAUAGAUCGAUAUAUUGAUUUUUAAUCAUUUCAUAAUUCACGGGCAAAUAUUUGAGAUGCAAAACGUAGAAAGUUGAAAUGUCCCUCUGGUAGUUGGGCUUCAUCAGUCGAUCAACGAUGCAAUUAGCGGAUUUGGCAGAUCUGUACGGAAAAGAAUUGUACAUAAGAGAUAUUUCAAAAUGGUUGAGAGGUAGCGCAAGGGCUCAAGGUAUAACCAAAAGGUCGGAAUUAGACGCGAAAAACGUGGAAAUUUUGGAGGAACACGACCAAUUCUACAGGGACCACAAGCUACUACUCACUCUGUUCAGGGGUUUGGCCGUUAUGCCUGUGCAAAGAGCAACUGGAAAGAUAACUUUUUCCUGGACCAGUAACGCAAUGAUCUACGCCUAUUUUUUCUACGUAUUCACCACCAUCUUAGUGUUCAUGGUGGGCUACGAACGUUUCGAUAUACUGCUCAACAAAAGCAAGAAAUUCGACGAAUAUAUUUAUUCCAUCAUCUUCAUCGUGUUCCUGGUGCCCCAUUUCUGGAUCCCCUUCGUGGGUUGGGGAGUUGCGAACGAGGUGUGCGACUACAAGAACAGUUGGGGAACGUUCCAACUCAGCUACUAUAAAGUGACAGGAGAAAAUCUUCAGUUUCCCAGGCUGAGCAUCCUGAUAGUCAUUAUAAGUUCUGGGUGUUUGAUUGUAGCUGUAACUUUCCUACUGACCCUCAGUGCUCUCUUGGAGGGGUUCACCCUGUAUCACAUGACGGCUUAUAUCCACAUAAUAACCAUGAUAAACAUGAACUGCGCCUUGUGGUACAUCAACUGCAGGGCGAUAGGAAAUGCCAGUACAGCGUUCGCAGAUAGUUUUGAAAGGGAUGUAGAUGAAAGGUGCCCGGCAUACUUGCUGGCCCACUACAGGGUGCUCUGGUUGUCCCUCAGCGAACUCCUACAGAAGUUGGGCAACGCAUACGCCAGAACUUAUUCAACGUACUGCCUCUUCAUGAUGGCCAACAUAACAGUUUCCACCUACGGUUUCACCUCCGAAAUUUUGGAACACGGUAUCAGCUUCAGUUUCAAAGAGAUCGGACUGUUGGUGGACACCACCUAUUGCCUGACCCUCCUCUAUAUAUUCUGCAACUGUUCCCACCAGUCCAGCCAAGGUAUUUCUUACAGGGUACAGACAGCUUUACUCAGCAUCAAGUUGGGAAACGUCGACAAAGCUUGCGCCAAAGAAAUCGACCUUUUUUUGAUUGCCAUAAAAAUGAAUCCUCCGAAGGUAUCCCUCAAGGGUUACACAGUUGUGAACAGGGAACUUUUAACAUCUAGUUUGGCAACUAUAGCUAUAUAUCUAGUGGUUUUGUUGCAGUUUAAGAUGAGUUUAGUGAAUAUGGGAGUGUAGAAAUAAAAGAAAAUUAAAACA